UGCAGGUUUCUCUGUUUUUUUCAGUGAUCAUUUUAGUGGUGCAUUACUGAGGAACAAUGUGGUAAUCUGUGUCAGUAUUUUUGCAUGUAUGUGCAUACAGUAUUUGUCUUUAUUCACAUAUCUGGAAAAUUCAGGUGGUUACUGUAAGUAGCGUAGGAGAAAUAUAAAAGAGAAGAGAAACAGUGAGUUGUGAACUCUCCGCUCUCAUCACAAAUGCAUUUCCUGAAAUGGAGGAUAGGAGAGGUGAGACUGUAAUAUAAGAGCAGUAACCUACUGACUCUUUAGCAUUAGGACCAACAGAAGGAGCUGUCCUCUUCUAGAAACCCCAGCGGUGAGUGUAAUCACAACACAAUCCAUGUAAUACAAUCCACUUAAUGUUUUUUACUAUGAUACUUUUGACAGCUUUGGGUGUACUAUAAUGCACUAGCUAUUUAAAGGAACCUCUUGUUCAAUAAAACUUGGGUCAGUGUUUGGGUCUGGAUGAACAAUGAAUCAUUGCACACUUCUGAAAUAUUGAAUAAAAAGUGUAUUCCAUGCAUGUGUACUAAAAUGUGCACUACAUUUUCUUUACAAACAAAAAGCAUUCAUAACCUAAUGCAAAAAUUUUAAAGAAGCCAAAGCCAUUUGUAAGUGGCAAGGCUAAAUAAAACAAAACUAUGUGCUUUGUCAAGACAUUUGACUCUGUGUGUAGAAGAGUUUAACAUAGUGGAGAUAUUGUAUUACAGAAAGUUUUCACAAUUUCUGAAAGGGAAAUUAUUAAAGGAAGUACUAAUGGCUUGUCUCUUAUCAUUGAGGUUAACAGAUGGAGAAAUUUCAAAGUUGUCAAGAUCUGUGAAUAUAUGUUUUGCUUUUCUUUGUCAAUUGUGUGAAUAAAUAAAAACUGUUAAUCAGAAAAAGUUUUCAAGAUCUGUUGUGUCUAAGUAGCCAAGCUUGUCAGCCAUACAUAUAAAUAACAAAAGCAUUACUUUGCCACAAUAGAGCACACAGCAAUAUCGUGCAAUGAGAAGGACUUUGUGAAGAGAGCUCUGGUACUGUUGAACUAGAGACAGAGAGUGACUGAAAGAGGUUCAGAGAGAACAAAGGACAAUGAAAAGAGAGUCAAAGUGUACAACUUAGAAUCGAGGGCUGAGUGGGGAGUUAUUCAUUUCUCUUUUUACAUUUUUUUUUUUUUUUUUUAGCUCACAUGACCCUUGUGCAAGUAAGAACGAAUAUCUUUGCAAUAAUGAGAACAUAAGUGUGGGUGGAAUAUGACCAGACUGGCAAGAUCUUUGAUGCACACAUGCCCUUUCUGAGAAAUUUUUGCCACCUGAAUUUUAGAUUUACAUCUGCUAAACAAUGCCUACAUCGGCUUCUAAACUCUGAAAAAUGACAGAAAGGGUUUGCUCUCAGACACUUUUCUGUUUUCUACUGUCUCAAUCUGCACUUCGCUAAACCUCUACAUACAAUUGUAAUUCCAGACUAGUGAAGAAGAUACAUCCUAAGAGCAGCAAUGUCAAAUUCUACAUCUCAGAAUACAGCCCAAGGCCAAGUGGAUGUGGUUUUUGUUACUGUGUAUGCAGUGGUAUUUAUUGUUGGAUUAGUCCUCAACCUCACUGCACUUGUGAUUUUUUUACGUAACUCUAAGUCACGGUCGCAUACCACCGUCUACAUGAUCCACCUAGCCUUUGCAGACCUUAUUCUGGUUUGUACCCUUCCUGUGCGGAUCUAUUACCAUGGGGGAUUUAGGGGUCUGCCCCAGAAAAUCCAUGAGUUUACUGGUCUCAUACUGCUAGCUAACAUGUAUGGAAGCAUCUUCCUCCUCACAUGCAUUAGCUUUGACCGCUGUGUAGCAGUCUGCUUCCCAUUGUCUUCUCGAGUUCGUGAGGGUCGCAAGAAAGCAUGGUGUGUUUGUCUGGGGAUCUGGUUCCUGACUAUAGGAACAAGCUUGCCAAUCUACUUCAAACAGGAGCAAACCAUUCCACCAAACAACAACUCUAAUACAGAGCACUGCUUUGCGAACUUUCCUCAGUAUGCCACUCGAACCGUUGCUCUCAUUUCCACACUAAUUGUUGGGUUUGGAAUUCCAUUAACUGUAAUGAUUCUCAGCUCAUGGGGGCUCAUCCGGGCUAUAAGUAAAAGCACCGCUGCCCAGACUAGUGAGCUAGUAGACAGCGGCAGGAUCAAGAGGAUGAUAACGACUAACUUGGCAAUCUUUCUGUUUUGUUUUCUGCCAUAUCAUUUUAUGCUAGUCCUGCUGUAUGCCUAUACAAAACCUGAGAGCAUUCCAUGCUCACUGGUACCGGUUUACCAGUACAGCCUCAUGAUAGCCUGCCUGAAUGCAAUGCUGGACCCCCUUGCUUACUACUUCACCACAGAGACUUUCCGCAAGGAAAUGGAUGUAGAUGCUGUACGUAAAAUAUGGCAUAUGAACAGUCACAGCUCUGACGGGAACAAUCGCUCCCGAGCCCCCCUCACUAUAUAAGCGUGGACCAUUUUCACAUUUCCGGGUUUGGAACAUGGAAGUAACUAUAACGGGUUAUGGUGGGGUCUAAUGGGGGCUAGGGUGAAUCCACACCAGAAACACCCACUGGAACUGAUACUGCUGCAUCCUAAUGCUGCCCUAUAGUGGGGUAAACUUCUGUAAAGGUACCAUAGCAAAUAUUAUUUUUGCAUUCCCGUUUGCUGCAAUAGUAAAAGACAAAAUCCACCAUUACAUUUCCACAAAGAUGCAAAAUGUACUGCCACUCCCUCAGCAGAUGUAUUGACUAGUGGUUUUGUUUAGUUUUUUAUGCCAUGGCAUAAAAUUAAAAAAAAAAAAAAGUGUGAAGUGUUGCCUAACUUCCUUCAUGAAAUUUUCAUCAUCUUUCUCAAAUAUGCACCUUUGAGGAGAGUAAACAACUCAUUUAGGCAUUUCUGUGGGACCACUAUUUAUUUAUUUGUUUUCAUAAAGCAAAAAAAAAAAAAAAAAAAACUCACUGGGAAGCCCCUGUAAUGUGCUAUUUCAAGCAUCAAACAUGUUGACAUAAACAUAGCAGUAUGACAAAUUAGGAUAAAUAAUUUUGAAAGUGUCCUUAGGUUUUGGAAUAGAGCAUCAUAUCGAAGUUUCUUGGCUAUAUUUUGUUUGAAGAAAUGCUUAAUGAUUAAUAUCCUUUCAGUUUGCAGUAAUGUUUUUUGGUGGUGUUGUUUUUCAAAUGUUAAUAUUUGUAAGUAAUUUGUAAUUUGUAAGUAUUUGUAUCAUAAAUUGAAUUGCAGUUUAGACAUAUGAAAGAUAAUGUUGUAGCUUUUGUCACAAAAUGGUAUAAGCUUACUCUGAAAUGGGUAAAAAUACUUUUAAGUUUUCAGCACCAUUUUCUUGGAACAAGUUUGCAAUCUGUCCUUAAACUUCAAGAUCGCAAUACUCUUAAAUGUUUAAAAUGAAUGAUAAGUCCAAAUAAUUACAAUCUUUUGAUUGUUACUGUUGUUAAUGAUUUUGUUUUGUUUUAUAUAAUGUUGAUUUAUGUAUUUAUGUGCUAUACUGUCAAGAUCUGGGCCUCGUUUCCCAAAAGCAUUGUAAGUCUAAUAGAUUGUAGAAUCCAUCUGACGAUUCAUCUUAGUUUUGCGGCCCUUUUGCUGUCACCGUUAUACAUUUUUGGAGUAAAAGAGCAGACCUCCGCUUUAUUGGUGAAUGUCCCUAAAACACAUCUUCUAAACGUCUCCUUAUUUUGUGCUGCGUGAUAACAUGGUGAACCUCGUAAUAUUCAAUGAUCCUGAUAAUUAUCAGGAUCAUACACAGGGCCCCCGCUGUCUUCAAUAAUCCUGGAAGCUUUCAUAUCAAGAGAAAUGUGUGAAAACCAAAUAUUACACAUGCAUGCCUGAUAAUGGAAGCAGAUUGUGUAAAAGAAAUAGAUCGUUCUGCACAAAAUUAUUGUAUAACAAUAUGUAAAUAUGUAGUUAAUUAGGUUGAAUAUUUAUGAAAUAUUUUUAAACAAAUAUUAGCGAGGUAAAUUACAAAUUAUUGUAAAGUUACGCAAAAAUAUAAUGAAGUCACAAUGACGAGCAGCACUAUACGAUCACAUUUUAGCACAGUCACAUGGACAAUGACUCUCUUAAGUAGCACUUAAAGUGCAUCCUCACACAUUCAUGUUAAGUGCAGUUUUGGGAAACGCAAGUAAAUAAUAACGAACAUUGUAAAAUCGCAUGUAGAAAACGCUCUUAACCCCUAAGAUCGAUCGUUAUUGGGAAACAAGGCCCAGGGCUGGGUUUCCCGAUAAUGUUGCAGCUUAAGCUUUUACGAUCAUCUUAAAUAAUGUUGCUCGUUAUUUUACGAUAGAGCAAGGCCUGUUUCCCAAACCAGCACGUAGAUCGCUCGUUAUAAAGUAGAACUUAAGUGCUUCAUUACGGGUGCUGUCCGGUCCAAAGGUGCUGAUCACUUUGGAAAAAUAUGUCCAGAGUUUGUCUUCUCAACAUGAAAAUAAUGUGGAAAAACUAACAAAUAUGGAAGUUGUUUGUAACCUUGUCAAGGCACGAAAAUGUAUUAACUAUUACAGAAUUAAAUUAUAGAAAAAAUUAUGGCUUCAGUAAAACAGAGUUUCAGAUGUAUUGAUUCUCAAUCAUAGAGAUUAAUGAAAGUGACGCAAUAAAUGCACAUAAGGUGAAUGUGCACGAUGUGAAUCAUAAGCGACUCUCA